AGGAAAUACACCCAUGAACUAUCCAUAAAAGUUGAUACAUAAAUUGAUCUCAAAAUCCAAGUAACCACAAAUGAGCACCUCCACUCAGCUACAACCACCAGCAAGCCCAACUUACAUUCUCCGGGGCCAUGCCUCCCCAAUCCACGGCCUGCACAUUUUCCACCAAAACCUGCGGCUCAUCUCAGGCGACGCUGACGGCUGGAUAAUAGUAUGGGACCUAGUCUUCAAGCGACCAGUCGCCGUAUGGAAAGCGCACGAAGGCGCCAUCCUCGAAGUCAAAGGCUUCACUUUCAGCAACGAAACCGUGACAGAAGUAUACACCCAUGGACGAGAUCAUAAAUUAUGUGUAUGGCGCUUCCGCAUCCAAGAUGAGGAUCUCCUCCAAAAAACCCUCCCCGUGGACAUGCGCGAGCAGCACCAAUCUCAAGCAACCCAACCAUGGCUCGUUCAUUCUCUCCCUGUCAACGCACUGAACUUCUGUGCCUUCUCUAUCCUCUUCCUUGAUAAUGGUGAGGAAUCCUCGGAUACACGGGAAGAGGAACCAAAGACAACCUCAGACACUCAGUCCCAGUCACCAGAAACCAAUACACCACAGCAGCAGCAGCAGCAGCGCACAUCCCUCUUCGCAGUCCCCAACGCCCUCAAUUCAGGCGCAAUAGACAUCUUCCACCUCCCACGCGAAAGACGUCUUUGCACAAUCCCCGCAGACCCAACCACGCAAACAGGCAUGGUCAUGGCCGUGAACCUAGUCCAUUCAUCCACCGGGGAAUUACAUGUAGCGGCAGCCUACGAAGACGGCCAUGUGAUGGUUUUCGCGCUCCGAGGCCGACUAAGGACGCAGGACUUUUCUGGAAAUGCCAGUAAUAGUAGUAGUAACAACUGGAAAUGGGAGAGGGUUUAUGUCGCCCGGGCUCAUUCGCAGCCCGCUUUGUCGAUUGAUGUUUUUCCGGCUGGGGGGUAUUUCCUUUCGUCGUCGGCUGAUGCUCUGUUGGUGAAGCAUCCUGUUCCUGGGUUUGGGGAGGUGUUGCCUGUGAAGAAGAGGGUUGAUACGAAGCAUUCUGGGCAGCAGGGGUUGAGGAUUCGGUCUGAUGGGAAGGUUUUUGCGACUGCCGGGUGGGAUUCGAGGAUUCGGGUGUAUUCUUGUAAGACGAUGAGGGAGUUGGCGGUUCUCAAGUGGCAUAAGGAGGGGUGUUAUACUGUUGCUUUUGCGGAUGUGGAGGGUUCUAUUGAUUCUGGUGGUGGUGCUGCUGCUGCUACGGGUGCUCGGGGGAGUGAUGGGGGUGGUGGGGAUGGUGCUCAGGUUAUGAGACCGGAGGAGUUCUCGCUCGCUACGGUGCAGCGUCAGCGGAAUCAGAAGGUACAGAAGACGCAUUGGUUGGCUGCGGGGUCAAAAGAUGGAAAGAUCUCAUUGUGGGAUAUCUACUGA